UUUAACUCUUAACUCAGUAGUCCUGUAGAUCACUUUGGGCUGGACAGUGAGUGGGGUCAGACCAGACAACCCUGACACAAUGGAGGGAUCACCUGAAAGACAUUCCAAGAAAAAAGUUGUUGCAGUGGUGGGCGGUGGUUUGGUAGGAGCACUGAAUGCCUGCUUCUUUGCCAAAAGAGGCUUUGAUGUGGAAGUCUUUGAAACUCGGGAAGAUAUCCGUCAAGCCAAAAUUGUGAAGGGCAGAAGCAUCAACCUGGCCUUGUCCCACCGAGGUCGACAAGCACUGAAGCAUGUUGGAAUGGAGGAGAAGAUUGUCUCCCAGGGAAUCCCAAUGCAUGCAAGAAUGAUCCAUUCACUGAGUGGGAAACAGUCUCCCAUCCCUUAUGGCAAGAAAGGCCAGUACAUCCUGUCAGUCGACCGCGCCAACCUGAACAAAGAGCUGCUAACAGAGGCAGAGACAUAUCCAAACACAAAGCUGAACUUCGACCACAAACUGCAGGACUGGAGUGCUGAAACAGGGCUAAUGACCUUUGUCAGGCCUGAUGGGUCCACGGAGGAGGUUGAAGCAGACCUGAUUGUCGGCUGUGAUGGAGCUUUCUCUGCCAUCCGCAAGCAGUUCCUUCGUCGCAGUCGCUUCAACUACAGCCAGACCUACAUCCCCCACGGCUACAUGGAGCUCACUAUGCCUCCCAUCAACGAAGAGUUUGCUAUGAAGCCUAAUUACCUGCACAUCUGGCCACGAAACACAUUCAUGAUGAUUGCACUGCCCAACAUGGACAAGACAUUUACCUGCACCCUCUUCAUGCCCUUUGAAGAGUUUGAGAAAAUCACCACAGGAGAUGAAGUCAUUGAGUUUUUUCAGAAAUACUUCCCUGAUACCAUACCACUAAUAGGAGCUGAUGCUCUCAGGAGAGAUUAUUUUCGAUUGCCUGCGCAGGCCAUGGUGUCUGUCAAAUGCUCCCCAUAUCACAUUGGUGACAAAUGUGUCCUUAUGGGUGACGCAGCCCACGCUGUGGUGCCUUUCUAUGGGCAGGGGAUGAAUGCUGGCUUUGAGGACUGCAUUGUGUUUGACGAAAUAAUGGAUCGGUUCAGUGAGGAUUUCAAUGCUGUCCUGCCUGAGUAUACCAGAGUGCGGGUUCCAGACGACCAUGCAAUUGCAGACCUGGCCAUGUACAAUUACAUUGAAAUGCGAGCACAUGUCAACUCCAAAUGGUUCCUUUUCAGAAAACAUGUCGACAACUUCCUCCACUUCCUCAUGCCGAGGGCAGUAAUUCCACUUUACACAAUGGUCACCUUCACAAGGACCAGAUACCAUGAAGCUGUGGAGCGCUGGCACUGGCAAGACAAAGUAAUAAACCGUGGCCUGCUGUUCAGUGCUGCAGGAGCUGUUUUGGGAGGUUCCUACGUGCUCAUUAAAAAUCCUCCUGAUAUCAACAAGCUCAUCAGCCCUGCUGAGAAAAUGUGGAACAGACUCGUGGCCCUCAGGACCCCCUGAGCAACGGUACCAUCACGGAGAUGACAUCCAGGUGCAAGGGCUGGAGUGUUAAACGCUGGAAUGAACUGAGGUUGGGGCAAAUGCUAAUUAGAUUUUGAUUGAAUCGUUUAAUUCACGAUGAACGCUCUGCCAGGUAAAUGAAUGUUGCGUAAUAAUGAUCUUCUUAACAUGAACCUGUCAUAAAGAUUGAUAGCAAGGUUUUAAAAUUCCUCAUUAGUGUUUCACUGAUAAAGGUUUGACUACAGGAGCCCAUCAGUGGAGUUUUGUAGCUUUUUAAUUAUUAAUAUGAAAAAAAUGUCAGUAUUAUGCUCACAGACAUGUUCUCAGAUCUGCGUAUUUGAGUUUACAUAGCUGCUUUACAUUCAAAUAAAAGUUACCUAAGCUCAUA